AUGACUGGGAGCUCGUGCGGAGAAGUGGUGAGAUCGAUUCUCCGAUCACAUUGUGAUCAUCAAGGACCGUUCAAUUAUGUGGAAGUGUUUCUCGAUUUCGAGAACGCAGUGCCCACCGAACAAGAGCGACAUCUCUUCGACCUUUCCGAUGCCGUUCUCGCUCAAGCCUCUCAACUCUUAGAAAAUGUCUCAUGCUAUGGAAAAGGAGCUUCAUCAGAGAUUCGAACGGCACUCCAGAAUCCGCAAAACGAGUUAGCACAGGAGAAAGCGGUCGAAGUGGUUUCCGCCUACGUGAGCCGAAUCAAAUCCUACUAUGAGCUAUCGCUUCGAAUAGAGAAAUUGGUUCCACAACUUCUCUGGGAUUUGUGCAGUGGUCCGUUGCCACCCGAGGAACAACUAGACGCAAGACAGGCGUUGGCGAGACAACUUGCCCGAAUAGUCGACUUUGUCUUGGAGUUCGACUCGGCCAAGAUGUGCACACCGGCACUCCAGAACGAUUUCUCGUUUUAUCGUCGUUUAAUCGGAAGGAAUGAGCAAGAUUCAAGCUCGGUCGAAUUGGCCAACUCGAUCUCCCUUUUCCUGGCAGCCCCCACCCCAAUGCUUUCGUCGCUUUCCUCGGCCACCACUGCUUUUGUUAGGGCACAUCCCACACUUCCUUUGGGAAACACCACCGAUACACUUGCCACAAUUGUCAGUGUUUGUUGCUAUAUGGUCACACACGAGGAGGCAGCCAUGCGACUAGGGGAUACGGCGAGAUUAUUCUGUGUUCGGGUGAUGGUUGGCUGUUUGAUUCUCUACGAUCACGUUGAUGAACAGGGAGCCUUUGUUCGAGACUCGCCAAUCAACGUAAAAACGGCCGUGCAAGUGAUUCGUCAGCACACCACCCAACCGCAGACUGACUCUCUCCUGAAUUCGAUCCGCUACACGACGAAACACUUCAAUCAAGAGAGCACUCCGAAAAGUAUUCGACAACUCCUAGCC